ACUACCAUAUCUCCAUCGUUAACAAAUCAUUUAUUCAAGCUGAAAACCGACGCCAUGGCGACUUCCACCACCAGAUCGACCGCCGCUGACGCCCUCUCGAAACUCGCCGUCAAUGGUUUGGCAUCCGCAGCUCCCAAUCUACACAAGAAUCUCUCCCUCCUCUCUCCUCACCAGGUGGAGCUGUCGAAGAUGUUGUUGGAGAUGAAUCAGAGCCAUUUGUUCGAGCAUUGGCCUGAGCCAGGGGUCGAGGAUGAUGGCAAGCGCGAGUUUUUCGAACAGGUUGAUCGACUUAAUUCAAGUUAUCCUGGUGGCCUUGCAUCAUACAUUAAAACUGCUAGGGAACUUUUGGCAGGCUCUAAAGCUGGGAAGAAUCCAUACGACGGUUUUACUCCGUCCGUUCCAUCUGGGGAGGCCUUAACCUUCGGUGAUGAAAAUUUUAUCAAAUACGAAAAUGCUGGGGUCCGUGAGGCAAGGAAGGCUGCAUUUGUCCUUGUUGCUGGGGGGCUUGGAGAGCGUCUUGGCUAUAACGGCAUAAAGGUGGCGCUUCCAGUAGAGUCUACUUCUGGCACAUGUUUCUUACAGCACUACAUUGAAUCUAUUCUUGCCUUGCAAGAGACGAGCUGUAGGCUAGCUCCAGGAGAAGGACCAACAGAGAUUCCUUUGGCGAUAAUGACAUCAGAUGACACUCAUAAUCGUACGAUACAGCUUUUGGAAUCAAAUGCUUAUUUUGGGAUGAAACCUUCUCAGAUAAAAUUGCUAAAGCAGGAAAAAGUUGCUUGUUUAGAUGAUAAUGAUGCCAGGCUAGCAGUGGACCCAAAGAAUAAGUACAGAAUCCAGACAAAACCUCAUGGCCAUGGUGAUGUUCAUUCACUUCUUUAUUCGAGUGGUCUACUUAAAGAAUGGCUGGCAGUUGGACGAAAGUGGGUUUUGUUUUUCCAAGAUACUAAUGGUCUUCUGUUCAAGGCAAUUCCAUCUGCAUUGGGUGUGAGUGUCAUCAAAGAGUAUCAUGUUAAUUCUCUUGCAGUUCCUAGGAAAGCUAAGGAAGCUAUUGGUGGGAUUACCAGACUCACUCAUCAAGAUGGGAGGUCAAUGGUGAUCAAUGUGGAAUACAAUCAAUUAGAUCCAUUGUUGAGGGCUACAGGGCAUCCAGAAGGUGAUGUUAACUGCGAAACAGGCUAUUCUCCUUACCCUGGAAACAUAAACCAGUUGAUUUUCGAAAUCGGCCCUUAUUUGGAGGAACUUUCAAAAACUGGAGGUGCCAUAAAGGAGUUUGUUAACCCCAAAUACAAAGAUUCUACCAAAACUGCCUUCAAAUCAUCUACUCGGCUUGAAUGUAUGAUGCAAGACUACCCAAAAACUCUGCCACCUUCUGCUAGAGUGAUGGAGGCUUGGUUUGCUUAUGCACCUGUGAAAAACAAUCCUGAAGAUGCAGCUAAGGUACCUAAAGGUAAUCCAUAUCACAGUGCUACAUCAGGAGAAAUGGCCAUCUAUAGGGCAAACAGCCUUAUUUUGCGAAAGGCUGGUGUUAAGGUAGAUGAUCCAGCUCAGCAAGUGUUUAACGGGCAGCAAGUGGAUGUUUGGCCUCGUAUUGUAUGGAAACCCUAUUGGGGUCUCACAUUUUCAGAUGUCAAAAGAAAAGUCACCGGAAAUUGCUCGAUUACUGGAAAAUCAACCCUUGCACUAAAGGGCCAAAACAUCUACCUUGAAGACCUCGUGUUGGAUGGCGCUCUUAUCAUUGAUGCUGUAGAUAGUGCAGAGGUAUUUUUUUAA